UUCAUUGUUUACAAAAUGUGGCUCAUCACUGGUGGUUUGCUCUGUGCCUUAGCAAUUUUCCCUAACUUUAUUGAAACAUCGCCAGUGGAAAUCGAUAGAGUACGGAUGCCAGUAUCAAUAGAUGAAUAUGGAGUUGCUUUUUACAGAAAUAAAAAUGGUUAUCUUAAGUCAGUACAGGGGGAAGGGUUUUGUGAUGUGGCAUUGGAUAAACACUUUGUAAUUGGAAUAUACAUCGGUGAAAAGAUUUAUGCAAUAUAUGACGGUUCAAGGAAACAAAUUUUUCUGGCAAUCAACGCAAAUGAUCAGUUAGUUCAUACCCGACACAUACCACAAUCAUAUCAACAUUACUUUGUGCGCCUCCACUCGCCGACCGAUGGGCGCUCACGCUUUUAAUUUUGGAUUUUGGAUCCAACCGAUUGAA